AAAUUCUUCAUAUGUAAUCACCAUGACAAACACCUGCGAAGUCAUCGGAGGCCUUGAUUCUCCAUGGCACGUCUUCACUCCUUCCCCUACCCUACCGACCCGAGGCCCAGAGCAGCAUCCCAAGAACACGGAAAAGAAGAAAAGCAAAGGGGGAAAAGCCCCCUUAAUCGGAAUUGGCGCUUCCAAGGAAGAUGACUUCUCAACCUGGUACCAGCAAGUCCUGCUCAAGAGCGAGAUGAUCGACUACUACGACAUUUCGGGCUGCUACAUCCUGCGCCCAGGAUCCUGGGAAAUUUGGGAGAUACUGCAGGUUUGGUUCAACAAGCAACUCCGACAGAUGAAGGUUCGCAACUGCAGUUUUCCGCUGUUCGUCAAUGAGAAGGCGUUGGGCAAGGAGGAGAGUCAUGUCGAAGGGUUUUCCGCUGAAGUGGCCUGGGUGACGCAAUCGGGCAAAACCAAACUUGACAAUAAAAUUGCCAUUCGACCAACCUCUGAGACCAUCAUUUACCCCUACCUCGCGAACUGGAUCCGCAGCCACCGCGACCUGCCAGUGAAGCUGAACCAGUACAACUCGGUCGUACGCUGGGAGUUCCGUAACCCUCAGCCUUUCCUGCGCUCGCGGGAGUUCUACUGGCAGGAAGGCCACACGGCCCAUCUUACCAAGGCCGGCGCCGAUCAAGAAGUCCUUGAAAUCCUAGAUCUCUAUACAACCAUUUAUCAGGAUUUCCUCGCCGUGCCGGUAAUCCCGGGCCGCAAGUCGGCGAACGAGGCUUUUGCAGGCGCCGACUACACGACGAGCGUGGAGGCGUUUAUUCCCUCGACUGGGCGUGCUAUCCAGGGAGCCACGUCUCACGCCCUGGGUCAGAAUUUCAGCAAGAUCUUUGACAUCUCGGUGGAGAACCCGCAGAAAGACAGAUCGUCGGACUCGAGUCGCGUGUUUGUUUGGCAGAACUCAUGGGCGUAUUCGACUCGUGUCAUUGGGGUCAUGGUGAUGGUUCAUGGCGACGACAAAGGCUUGGUGCUUCCUCCUCGGGUUGCUCCCACACAAGUGAUCAUCAUUCCAGUGGGUAUCACAGCCAACACAAGCGAUGAGGAGAAACAGAGUCUUUACGACAACAUUGCUCAGCUCGAGAAGACAUUCCUAGAUGCAGAAAUCCGCGUCGAGACCGAUCUUGCGACCGAAUAUUCACCUGGAUGGAAAUUCAACCAUUACGAACUGAAGGGCGUCCCUCUUCGUCUGGAAUUUGGUCCGAAGGAGCUUAAGAAUGGUUUCCUCUCAACAUCCCGUCGAGACACUUUGGAGAAAGGACGGAUCUUGCUGACGGACGCUGCAACUGAAGUCCUUGCAUUGUUGGAGACUAUCCAGUCUGACAUGUAUGCGCGGGCCUUGGAAAAGUUCAGAGACAACGUCAAAGUAAUCACCGACUGGGAAGGGUUCACGCCUGCGAUCAACAAUAAGCACGUUUGUCUGAUUCCGUUUUGUCUGAGACCGGAGUGCGAAGAUCAGAUUAAGAAGAUGAGUGAGCGUUCGAGCGCCUUGGAGGGUGAGCAGCAGGAUGCUAGAGCGCCAAGUAUGGGGGGUAAGAGCUUGUGUAUUCCUUUCAAGCAGGUCACGGAGUUGGAGGGAACUAACACGCCAUGUCUGGCGAAGGGUUGUGAGAACAUGGCCGCGAAAUGGACUCUAUUUGGCAGGUCAUAUUAGUGAAACAGAGGAAUUCAUUUCGUAAACAAGGAUACCUGGAGAAAAUACGAGCUUGGGGUUAAGUGCUGUUGUAAACAAUCACCGGAUGACGUAUUUCCUUGAUUAUAAUCAAUAAAAAGUUAGAUCCUGGAUCAG